UUCUCUCCACAUGAAAGCAGAAGUCUAUCAGCUGAUCCGCCGGUCAAACUUCAGCACACCUUCAGGAGAACCGAGAGAGAGAGAGAGAGACAGAGAGAGAGCAGCUGUAGUAUAUGAGUGUCUAACGAAGUCAUCUAUCUAAUCGUUGUUUUCAGCCCGGUCUCCUGCUAAAAUGACUCUACAGAUGUGUUACUAUCUUCCUGCUCAAAUGUGAAACACCAGUAGAGGACCAGCAGACAUUCACUGGAUUAACUGAGAACUAUUAGUCGCCUGAGAGAGAUGUCACCUCAAGACGUCUAAUCCAGAUACAGUCAGGCCUUCUAAACUUCCUUAAUUUGAACUUAAAACUUUAAAUUAAAAGACACUGAGAGUCAACUGGUCCAGUCAGCAUCUCUCCUAUACAAUCUGCCAUCAAUCCCAGGCAAAGAUGGCCUCCUACAGCCCUGCCUCUACACAAGAGUCUCCCACAGAGGUGACCAAUGGACACCUGAAAUCGUCCAGCUCUAAUGAGUCAAUGAAACUCAAGAAGGAGAUUUCUUUGCUAAAUGGUGUCUGCCUCAUUGUGGGGAACAUGAUUGGCUCUGGAAUCUUUGUCUCUCCUAAAGGCGUUCUAAUGUACAGUGCAUCCUAUGGCCUGUCUCUAGUAGUGUGGACCAUUGGUGGAGUGUUCUCAGUAUUUGGGGCGCUCUGCUAUGCUGAACUGGGAACCACUAUCACAAAGUCUGGAGCCAGUUACGCCUACAUCCUCGAGGCCUUCGGAGGGUUCCUGGCCUUCAUCCGUCUGUGGACGUCUCUCCUCAUCAUUGAGCCUACUAGUCAAGCUGUGAUAGCUAUCACCUUCUCCAACUACAUGGUGCAGCCCAUCUUCCCUACCUGCAUCGCCCCCUAUGCAGCCAACCGUCUGUUGGCUGCAGCCUGCAUAUGUUUGCUGACCUUUGUAAACUGUGCCUAUGUGAAGUGGGGUACACGUGUACAGGACUUCUUCACCUAUGCCAAAGUCAUCGCUCUCAUUGCAGUUAUCAUCACUGGCUUGGUGAAGAUAUUCCAGGGACACACACAGAACUUUGAGGGCCUGUUUGACAAUUCGUCCCAUGAUCCAGGUGAUGUGGCCCUAGCUCUGUAUUCUGCUCUGUUCUCCUACUCUGGCUGGGAUACCCUCAACUUUGUCACAGAGGAGAUUAAAAACCCCGAGAGGAACCUGCCGCUGUCCAUUGCCAUCUCCAUGCCCAUUGUCACAGUGAUCUAUAUCUUGACCAAUGUGGCCUACUAUACAAUCCUGCCUAUUCCUGCUAUCCUGGACAGUGAUGCUGUGGCUGUGACAUUUGCAGACAAAGUAUUUGGAGUGUUUAACUGGACAAUCCCGCUCGCUGUGGCCCUCUCAUGCUUUGGAGGACUGAAUGCUUCUAUUUUGGCUGCUUCAAGGCUGUUCUUCGUGGGCUCCAGGGAGGGCCACCUGCCUGACUACCUGUGCAUGAUUCACGUUAGCCGCUACACCCCCAUCCCUGCACUGCUCUUCAAUGGUGCCAUGGCUCUGGUGUAUCUAUGUGUGGAGGACAUCUUUAAACUGAUUAACUACUACAGCUUUAGCUACUGGUUCUUUGUGGGGCUGUCUAUCCUGGGCCAGCUGUAUCUGCGUUGGAAACAGCCAGACAGACCACGCCCAUUAAAGCUCAGUAUUAUCUUCCCGAUUGUUUUCUGCCUUUGCACCAUCUUCCUUGUGGUGGUCCCUCUCUACAGCGACACCAUCAACUCCUUGAUUGGCAUUGGUAUUGCCCUCUCUGGCGUACCUGUCUACUUCCUGUGCUGCUACACCCCAGCCUCACGGAGACCGAUGUGGCUGCGGAGGUUUAUCGCGUCAUCUGGUGUGCUGAUCCAGAAGGUCUGCUUCUCUGUGCUGACAGAGAUGGAUACAGAUGAAGGGAAAGUGGAGUAAAAAAGGACAAUGAGUAACUUAUAAGCAAACCUAUCUAUGCAGUAUACAGAUUUCUCUUUCCAUGGUUCAGUCAACAAGACGCAUGAGCAGUUGUGUUAAUUGACUGAUGAGAUUUUGGGUACUGAUUUACACAGAUACCUGAAUGACGACUGCUAAUAGCAUUCACAUUCCUAUCAGGGGAAGAAAAAUCACUAUAACUGACAGUAAUUUCAUGUCUAUUUAUGGUGACUUGUAUUUUUGACAUUUGCUUUAAAGUAAACAAGAUUUUUCCAAAGAGUAGGAUUCAAAGGAUUUUAAUCCUAAAUAUAACACCCAUUUCUAACAUAUAGGCUACGUUCAGACUGCCAGCCUAAAUCCCAUUUGGCAUAUCCAAAUUUUAACCAUACUGAUUUUUUGAUCAGCUGGACACCCAGGAACCACAUGAAAUCUGAUUUUUGCAAAUUGGAUCCAAAUCCCUUUUAGAGGUGGUUUGAAUUGUGAUUACAAUCAGAUCUGUACAGAUGUGCCUUAGUCUGUCUGCUUAAAUUGGAUUUUAAUACACCGUUUGUUUAAUUAAUAACACAACAAACAAUGACCUCAUCAAACCCAGAGUGACAGAAAUGUGCCAAAAAUAGCACAAAAUGUUAGUUAUUGAUGAAAAAAUUGACCAUUAGAGAAAUUAAUGCAGAUACAUUUGUGAUGUCCAGAAACAAAAACUCUUUAAGAAAAAGUCUAAUUACUCAUGACGAUCAAAUCAUUUACAUCAGCUGUGUGAGUAUUACUACCUAAUCUCUCUGUGUUCAGACUGGAGGCAAAUUAUAUGUUUUUUUAAAUCCAAUCUGGUGAGAGACACUGUCCAUAUUGUUAUUUGCAAGUAAUAAGAUUAAACAUCACAAAUCUAUCUGCAUGGGUGGCCGUGGUAAUGAGGUCCAGCAUCAGCCAGCACGCUGGUGGUGUGGCUUUCAUAUGUGAAGGCAGGGGUAACCGAGGUGCAUUUUAAUGACAGGUUAAAAUUUGAUUAGGGAAACCACACUGAAAUCCGAUUGAAUAAAUCAGAGUGUAAUUGCAUUUUAGACCACCUCCAAACGUGGUCUCACAUGAUUUCAGGCUGUACAGACUAUCGGAAAAUACACCUGGAAACAAUCUGCAUGUGCCUAAAAAACAGAUUUGGUCUGGCAGUCGAACAUAACCCAAGGCUGCAGAUUUUCACAAGCAAGAAUGAAGGGAUAUGUACCUUAGUCCCAAACGGGGCAGAACCAAUGAAACAAAAGCACUGAUAGCAUUAGACUUAUAUGUUUAAAUUUACAUUGUCAGGAAUUUAAAAAGUCCUGUGUUCUUAGGUCUUUGUUAUAUUUUAUAAAGCUAUAAAACGUACAGCGAUAUUUGUGAUAUUAUAAAAGAUUCUAAGAGAACAAAAAAAAAAUAAGAGUUCAUUUUUACCCAAAGGGCUAAAAAGCAAGUUCUAAAAAGCUUGAGGACUCUCUGAUUGCUCUGAUAUUUCUAUGUGUGGAGUUACAUUAAAUAACAGUAUACAUGUUCAUGAACAUGUCUAUUUGUUGGUAUUUGAAAUCACAUUUUUACAACACAAGUUAGGGAAGAUAUCUUAUAUUAGCUAGGAUCUCUUUUUUCUAGCAUUUUCCAUUUACUGGCUAUGACCAAAGUAAUAUAAGGUCUGGGAUAUUUGGACAAUUGUUGAACUAAAGGGGGGGGGGGUUAGAUUUCUGUUGAACAUUUUUCAUUACAGUAUAUUUAUGAAUGACAAAUAAACAAAUACCUGAUUAA